AUGAUAACUGUGCUUGCGUUUUCCUUCCACCUCCAUUCCCUUCCACAGGUGCUGAUCUGUGUGCUGUGGCUGGCCUUAGCUCCACCCCGACCUGCUGAGAGGGGGGACAGAGAGGGUCGGGGGCCGAGGGUCGUCCUGGAGUGUGCGGUGGGCUCUGUGGUUGGCUUCUCUCUGGUGCUGGGCUACAUCGGCCUGRUGGCCUCCCUCUGUCUCCUCUUAGCCUUCCUGGCCAGGAAACUCCCAGACAACUUCAACGAGGCCAAGCUCAUCACCUUCAGCAUGCUGAUCUUCUGUGCCGUGUGGAUCUCCUUCAUCCCUGCCUACGUCAGCUCUCCUGGGAAGUACACAGUAGCUGUAGAGAUCUUUGCCAUCCUGGCCUCCAGCUUUGGGCUGCUGUUCUGUCUGUUUGCUCCAAAGUGUUUCAUCAUCCUUCUGAGACCAGAGAGAAACACCAAGAAACACAUGAUGUCCAAAUAGAAACCACCAAGAAACACAUGAUGUCCAAU